AUGGAUCCUUCUAGCAGCCCUACCGCCAGCCGUAGUGAAGGCUCUGAUGCAGAGGCUACUACGGAACGAUCUGAAGAAGAGAGAAACGACGAAACUGCCAGCAACUCAUCCGAAAAUUCACAACAACAGGCACAGGAAGCACAGCACGGACAGGAACUAGGUAGGGACCAGGCGGCAGAGCUUGCUGAAAACGAAGUGCACACGGGGGAGGCAGAUCAACAGGCGCAGCAGGAUCAAAAUGGGCCAGCCCAGAGCCGGCCUAGUCACAGUGGCUCCGCGGGAGUCUUGCCGGAGGAACUCGAAGUGCGAGAGACGUCACCUGUUGCACACGAGAAUGAGGUGCAUGUCAAUGAGCAGCAGCUUCAGUGUUUUAGAGGCUCAGACUCAUCUGAGGAACAGCGCGAGGCUGAGACAAGAGGACAAUUGCCGCUUAGUGAGCAGCAGCCUCAAUACUCUAGUGGCACGGGUCCGCUGGAGGAGCCGGAGGCUGAUCAGAGGGGACAGCCGUUGCUAACUGAUCAGCAAGUGGACUCGAUGCAGUAUUCUGCGGAACAUCACCAGACCGAAUCGCAGGGAGUUAAGCUGAAUGAGGAGGUGCCGCAAGGCGAAUCUCCACGCAGCAUGCAGCUGGAUCGAGGUGAUGGGGUGUCACAAGAAGCCGAAGUCACUCUUGACAAGAGAGGGUCAGCGCAGAAUUUGCAACCACUUUUGGAAGAGCAGAACCAUGCAGCGGGUGAUUCACAAGAGGGCGAGCAAGUGUUGCAGCAGCAGCAGAGUGUGGUGGCGGAAGAGUCUGCGCCUCAAGAAGAGCAGCUGGGAGGGGGGGAACAAACGCUGGAGUCGAUUAACAACUUAGAGGGGGAAGUACAGCUCGAUGAACAGGUCAAUGAAGCUGUAGAGCAAAAGCUACGGCAGCAGAAGGGUGACCAGGACGAUGCAGUCCAGAAGAGUCCCCAAAAGCGGCAUUCAUCCUUAGGGGAGAAUCCUCAACAUGAUGUAAGUAUUCCUAAGGACCAGCCUGAAGCUGAUGGUACUGCAGUUGACCCGAAGGACGUUACGGUGAAAGUUGUGGAUUCCCAUAGCAGGGCGCAUCGACAAAAAUCUACGAAACAUAGCAAGAAGCAGCCAGUGCCUAGUUCAGUGGCUGAGCCGGCUCCUGCAGAUACAGAAAAACCCAGGGUGCCAGCAAAGCGACCAACAGAACUUUUGUUUGAUGCCAAGACCGCUAAUGCCCUUCAAAGCCUCUGCGCGCUGCCACAGGUGCUCAGUCCGUCUUCCCCUACAAAGCCCGCAGAUACCAAGGAGCUUCAGGAGCUUGAACAAUGCUUUUAUUUUGAAGAUGACGCAGUUCAGACCGAAGCACUAGAAAAGGAACGUGCUGAUAGACUGCAGCGUGUAGAAUCCCUUAGAACAGUUGCAAUAAUACGGCAAAAUAUUACAACUGAAAAAGCCCUUCGGGAUAUUCAGGAGGCGUUGUCAAAUGAAGAAGUUGUGGUCGGGUUUGCUGAUGAAGUGCCAGAAAGUAGAGGCCGUUUGAAUGGAGAGUCAGGGGAGUUUGAGAAACAGCAGAAACAGCGCUUACAGUGUCAGACAGACCGUCUUCGUCAAGAGGCGCAAAACAUAAGAGACAGGGUCAUUGGACAGGUUGUGGCUUGGGGAGCGUUUCCUUUGGUUGACCCAGAAUGGCGCGUGGUUGAAGGGUCAUUUAAGGUGCCACUGUUUCUGGGGGAAGUGGAUACAUCUGUCCAACGAUAUCUCGACAUGGAGGAAAUUUUGCGCACGCAGCUAGAUAAGUGGCUUUGCAACCUUUAUUUUCGUGUUGUUCGCGUGCCAAAAGAGUUAGAUGGCCUCCAAGAGUUCGAACUGCCUCUUCACUACACCGGACAGAUGCUGAACAUUCCAGAUGAACUGCCUCUUUCCACGAAAAGCCACCCGACGUAUUCUAUUCGCAGCAGCCAGAGCAGCAGGGGUAGUCGAAACAGCAGCUCUGGUAAAAUGACCUGUGAUUCGUUUGCAAAGCAGAACGCAGUACUUUGUUAA